CCAGAAAAUGACACAACUUCAUUAGAAAAACUGCAGGAGAAUUUGCAGAAACAGCUAGAUGAAAUCGAAAUGUUGGAAUCCAUCUUCCCAAAGGAGUUUAAAUUUGAAGAAGGGACAAAUAGUGAUUGUCUUCGAAAUUACCUCGAAGGUAAGACGAACGACCCGCCUCCGUUUAUAGACUUUACCAUCAAUGUUACCAACGAUCAAGCGCAAAAAUUCGAAAUGUGCGUAACGCUGUCUCAAGACUAUCCGAAUGCUUUGCCUGACAUUUACCUGCGCCAUUCGGAAAUGUCACGUACACAAGCCUCCGCUCUCAAUAAAGCAUGUUGUGAUUAUUUAGCAACCCUUGAAAGGGGCGAGCCGUGUAUUUACUCCGCAGUUGUAUGGCUUCAAGAAAGUGCUCAAAAUUUUACUACUAAUAUAGUGGAGACAAAAUCGGAUGAUGGCGUAAACUCGUCGGAAAAAUUAGUUCGUUACUGGAUCUAUUCGCAUCAUAUUUACAAUAAAACCAAGAGACGUGAAAUUCUCUACUUGGCCGGACGAUUAAACAUUACUGGUUUUUGCAUGCCUGGAAAACCAGGGAUUAUUUGCGUAGAAGGACACGAGUCCGAUUGCAGCCAGUGGUGGGCCAGUAUUCGUAGCAUGACAUGGCAAAAAAUCAUGUGCAAAGUCACAGAGGACGCAAAGUCGCGACGCUUUCAGACAUUCCAGGAGGUCCCGUUUCAAACGCAUGGCUCGCGGAGCAACCACAGCGACCUGGGUGAGCUGUACAAGUAUUUACAGCAGCACCAAUUGGAAUUCAUAUUUAAAGAGUUGUUUGGCAUUGAAGGUGGAAAAUAAAUAGUUGAAUCGA